GUUGACCGGAACAAGAAGGAUGUUCUCAAAAACGUGGUGAAGGGUGCUCAGAGGGAUGGCAGGCUUGGUGCCAAAUACACGCAGCAUGCUGGCCACGCCCCCGCUCAGCAGAAGUCUUCAAAUACAUCCCAGAGAGCAGCAGUGGUGCAUCCGGAGCAGCCGAGGAAGAGCGCAAAGCUUCCCGUGGGGCUCAUGCCGAGCACAAGCCACUCCACACAGCCCAGAGGGAGGCUCCCAACUGACAGCUCUGGUCACCUAAAUCCAGAAAGGAGCAAGAAGCCUGCACAGGAGACUGUCACUGCUGCAGCACCUCCAGCUGGAAGCGACCCCCUCGCUCCUGGGGCACCUCGCUCCCUGCAUGAGGGCCUGCAGGACAGGCUGCGCUGCAACAAAGAAAAUAUCAGAGCACAAGCCUCUGCACACCCUGUGCUGAACAGAGCUUCCCAGUCUGGUGGAAACAAUCUCGGGAACAAGAGGGUCUUGGCUCCCAGGCAGGGCUCAGCCACGAUGUCCAGAACCGUCACGGGCCCAAAGGACAGAAUUAAUAGCCACCAGGCUAAGGAGGAGCAGAUUCAGGAUAAAUUCAGGAAAACCUUGCCAGGCUCAAAGAGUGCAUCUCAAAAACCAAAUGUCAAAACUCAGCCGUUGCAGCCCCCUCGGUUACUUAGUGCUUCUACUAAUUUGCUCCAUAAAAAACCAGGGGCAAACAAGGAAAACACGAUCACGGGAAGGGGACCCACAGGAAAGCCGCCCAACAUGCUUCCAGGGGGAAGUUUUAAGCCCUCCAGCAGACCCCCCCAAAUGAAAAGAUCUCCCACAAAGCCUCCAGCCUCCGGCAGGCCCCAGGGGACCACAAACCUGAAAUCCAGCCUGAAACCGGGCGGCACCGUGCACUUCAAACCUCCAGCGCUUGAGAGCGACUUCAGGAGCAGGAAAGAGAGGCUUAAAGCAAAGGUGCCGAAGGCAAGCGGAAUAGAGGCUAGGCGUGUUCCCAAGACCCCAUCUGCUGUGGAUCGUAAGUAA